CCCAUUGCAGCAGUGCCCAAGAAGCUGCCAUGUACUUAUCACCCUCUCUGAUGCUCGUGAUUUUCCUUGGCCUCCUGCCGCAUCAUGGAUUGGGAGGGCAACCAGUGACUACAACCGAUCCAAGAAACCAUAUUGAAAAUUCCAUCUCGGAUUCCAGCCUCGCUUCUCUCCGCACUUUGCUCACUUCCAUCUCUUCUAAUUCCACCCAGCUGCCUGAAAAGGUUUCUUGCAGCGACUUAAUGCCAGAUACCUUUGAACAUUUUGACAGCGUGCCUCGACCAGCCCAGAUUAUGAUUCAAGCUAUCCUCGUGCUUGCCUUGCAAAAUGCAGGCUGCAGCCACCAUGCCGAAAUGCUUGGGCUAGGGCUGUACCAGCAACUGGGGCAGAAAGAUGCUAGUGGUCUCUUGUUGACAAUGAUAAAGAUCCUGGACACAGCUAAACCUACAGCUAAACCUACAAGCUUUGCUGCCCUACAGUUCAAUUUGGACCAGUUAGCCCAGAAAGAAGCCUCACAUUGCCAAGGCCUGAUACAAGUCAAUAGAGCUCUCCUGCAUGGCAAGGUGUACCGUGAAUAUAAGUGGUUUCCAACAGCUGCUGCAGCCUGUCACCAUUUGGGGAAUGUUUGUGGAGGAGUUAUCACCAAUGGCAGCAGUCCCUUCCAAGUGGUGCUUAGAAAUGGCAGCUACUUCUGGCCAGAGCAAGGUUCUCAUUCCUGGCUUCAUCAGUGCCCAAUGCAGGCACGCAUGCGACGUUCAUCACCAGAACACUGUGUAAAUGUGAUAGAACAAAAGGUUCACAAACUUUUGGGGUUCAUACCUGGAGUCAGCACUCUAUAUAACUUCGCAACCAGCAUAUACUACUAUACUCAAGACUGCAUUGACUUGGCCAAGAAGCGUGCUCAAGAUGGGGCCAUAGACCUGGGUUUUGAUACCUUGGUUGCUCUCUCUGGGGGGGUUGGUACUCCCUUUAGGAUGGGGGUUGCUAUGGCACUGAAACAAGUGUUCAGAAAAGGUGUAGAGGCUGUAAUUUUAGAUUUUCAAAAGGAAGAGGAGCCACCGUGUCCGGUCCCCACCAACGUCUGUGCUGCAAACAUCAAAACCUAA